AUGGCUUCGGAACAGUACCCGAGCCUGCUCCUCUUGCCGUUCCCACCCCGGCCGCCGUCGCGCGCUUCACUCAGCGCCGCCUACCGUCCGUCACUGCUGGCGGUUCUUUCAAAAAUCAAGAACCCGAACCGGUCAUCCGUUCUCAUAGUGUCCGUUGUGUGUCCGCUUCUUCGCGGUGCAUCGCCGAAAACCAAAUCGCUGUCGUGGGCAGCUGCACAGUCCCUCGUCGCUGGCCUCUACAGCCUCAUCGCCGUUGCAUGCGCCGAAGAGGGUAUCGCCACAGACGUCGAUGGAGGCCCUGGUUCCGUUGAUGCUCGCGUUGUCCUGGUCGACCAUGAUGCUAACAGAAGGUUCGCUCCCGAUUUCGUUGCCGCCAUCGAACCCAAUAACACUACCGUCGUGGACCUUCCAACCUUCGCCUCGGCCUACCAUCCGUGGGGCUUCAUCUUCCAUGUCAACAGCGAGCAAGGCUACCGCACUCUUUCCACGUAUCUCAAGUUCGCCGAGGGCAGGCAGACCAUCCUACAGUCACAGCUGAUAGUCGUUGAGGCGGGGAUAAGUCUCAACGUCGGCAGCCCAGGGGCUGAGAAUGCAGAGGAUACCCCGGGAUACUCCAUCGUGUGUCUUGGUGGCACCUUUGACCACUUACACCCGGGCCACAAACUACUUCUGACGGCUGCGGCGCUUCUCCUUCGGGUGCCGGUAAAGGACUCGACGUCAACUUGUCGUCUGAUUGUGGGCAUCACAGGGGACCAGCUAUUGACGAACAAGAAAUACGCAGAGCUCGUGCAGUCCUGGGACGACAGGGCCCGCUACGUUGUCGACUUCCUCUCGUCCCUGCUAGAGCUGGGCAAGGGGGCGCAGCCGGGCCGCGUUGAGGCGACGUUCCGCGACGGCGCCAUCACGGUGGAGUGCGUCGAGAUCCAGGAUCCUUUCGGCCCGACAAUCACACAGGAAGAGAUGGACGUCUUGGUGUUUUCGGGAGAGACGCGGUCGGGCGGACAGGCCGUCAACGACCGACGGACUGCGCUUGGAUGGAAGCCGUUGGAGACGUACGAAGUCGAGGUGCUCGACGCCAACGACCUCGGCGACGAGGCAAGCAGGACAGAGAACUUUGCGACCAAGAUAAGCAGCACGGCCAUCCGGCAGCAAAAGGCCGAAGCCACGGCAAGGCUGGGGAGCAAAAGCCGGCUAUCCUAG